CUUAAUGUCCCAAUUUGCUGAGCAUAUUGAUAAGGAAAGCCUUUUAAAGCGUGGCGAAUGUUUAUCGAGCAAGAGGAAUUGCUUCUACGAUAAAGAAAAAAAGCACAUUUUUGGCAGAAUUUAUCUUUUUUUGUUUUAUCUUGUCUUUUAUGCGGUUUUAUUUGCGAUGAUGACAGGAAUGCUUAUUUUUAUUACGCAACUAAUAUACAGUGAUGAUGAGCCAUAUCGUACGGGCUUGCAAUCGCCACUCAAUUUAACUCCAGCAUUAAGUGGAAGGCCAAGAAUGAACUUUAUGUCCGCCUUGAUAGCGUACACUUCAUCAGAUCCUCAAUCUUAUAUGCCCUAUGUAAUAAACAUAAGGACGUUUGUAUACUUUUACGAAGAAAUAAAAAUAAUCCCUGAAAGAGGAUUUGCAACCUGUUUGACUACUAAAUCACCUGAUGAUCCAAAUCUUGUGUGCAAAUUUUACCCUCAAUCUCUUGGCCCAUGCGUAAAGGAAAAUAACUUUGGAUAUGAUAGGAGUCAACCUUGUGUAAUAAUGAAAAUAAAUAAACUUUAUGGUUGGGUACCAGAUAUUAUAAAUUUCACAAUGUCUCCUCAUCCUCUAGUACAUUGUAUUGGCCAGAAUCCACAAGAUGCAGAAUUCUUUGGCACAGUCCAUUAUUAUCCUAAUGUCACCAUUGACGGAAAAACAUAG